GUUCACAUCAGUAGAGAAUAAGGUUAAAAUAUGAUGCUGUUGCAACUUCUGCUUCUCCUCGGCGCAACCUUGAGCAUUUGCAAAGGCCAAGAGGUUCAUUUUGGCAAAUGUAAGAAUUUCACCACACAAGAGAACUUUGACGUUGAAAGGUAUGCUGGAGGGUGGUAUGACAUAGAGAAGACAUAUUUCGCUGGGCAGAUGGAUAAAUCUUGUACCAAAGCAGUGUACACACUGAGACCAGACGGUAAAAUAAACGUUAUCAAUGAAGACCUUACUUCAGAUCAAAAAGAAGAAAAUACCACAGGGGUAGCUUUCUACAAAGAUGAGAACGUCAAGUCAAAGUUGACAGUUCAACUCGGUUCAUCCCCGGAAGCAAAUUACUGGAUUGUUGAAACGGACUAUGAAACUUAUUCCCUGAUCUGGUCCUGCGCUGAGCUCGUGGGUUUGGCGCACGCAGAUAUUGGUUGGAUACUGGGCCGGAAACAAACCCUUGACGAGAAUCUGAAAGAAAGGCUGAAGAAGAAAUUGACUGACAUUGGACUGCAAUAUCAGCAAUUCUACAAAACGUCACAACCUGAUAAUUGUCCUUGGUAGUUGAUGGAAUGAUAUAAACUUAUUAUAUUGAAAUAAAAAAUAUAAGUA